AUGUCAGCUCUGAGGAAGAAAUUUGGGGACGACUAUCAGGUAGUAACGACUUCUUCUAGCGGCAGUGGUUUUAAUCAAGGUGCCGCUGAGAAAAAGAAGAAGCGCCAACGCUUUGUGGACAAGAAUGGCCGGUGUAACGUCCAACACGGGAACCUCGGCGGGGAAACUAGUCGUUACUUGUCGGAUCUGUUCACAACUCUGGUGGACCUGAAAUGGCGCUGGAAUCUGUUCAUCUUCAUACUCACCUACACGGUAGCGUGGCUGUUCAUGGCUUCCAUGUGGUGGGUUAUCGCAUUCAUAAGAGGAGAUCUCAAUCAGGCCCACGACGACAAGUACACACCAUGCGUGGCUAACGUGUACAACUUCCCGUCGGCGUUCUUGUUCUUCAUCGAGACUGAGGCCACUAUCGGUUACGGCUACAGGUACAUCACGGACAAGUGUCCGGAAGGAAUCAUCCUCUUUCUUUUUCAGUCUAUCCUGGGGUCUAUAGUUGACGCCUUCUUGAUAGGCUGCAUGUUUAUAAAGAUGUCCCAGCCAAAAAAGCGGGCAGAGACACUCAUGUUCAGCGAGCACGCGGCUAUCUCUAUGCGUGACGGCAAGCUAACCCUCAUGUUCCGCGUGGGCAACCUCCGCAACAGCCAUAUGGUCUCUGCACAGAUUCGCUGCAAAUUACUUAAAUCUCGUCAGACCCCAGAGGGUGAGUUUCUGCCCCUGGAUCAGCUGGAGUUGGACGUGGGCUUCAGCACCGGGGCCGACCAGCUUUUCCUGGUGUCUCCUCUGACCAUCUGCCAUGUCAUCGACUCCAAGAGCCCGUUCUACGACCUGUCACUGAGGUCCAUGCAGACGGAGCAGUUUGAGAUCGUCGUGAUCCUGGAGGGCAUCGUGGAAACCACCGGAAUGACCUGCCAGGCCCGGACUUCGUACACGGAGGACGAGGUUCUGUGGGGCCACCGUUUCUUUCCGGUCAUCUCCCUGGAGGAGGGUUUUUUCAAAGUGGACUACUCUCAGUUCCACGGGACCUUCGAGGUUCCCACGUCGCCCCACAGCGUCAAAGAACAAGAGGAGAGCCUGCUGCUGUCCUCCCCCCUCACCGCCCCCUCCCUCUGCCAAACGGAGGGCAGCGGCACCCUGGAGGGGCUGGAGCUCCAGUCCGACACGGACACCGCGUCCGUCAACCUGGCCGCCCCCAUCCCCACGGCCGCCAAGCUUCCCGCCAAGCUUCAGAGGCUGACGGGGAGGGACGGGGGGCGGGACGGCAUGCCCCGCAAACUUCUCAGGAUGAGCUCCGAGAUCACGUACAACCUGGGCGACCUGCCCGUCAAACUGCAGCGGAUCAGCUCCGCCCCGGGCGUGGCCGAGGAGCGCAUGCAGCAGCCCGUCGGCUCCGUGCUGGGGCCCAUGGAGGACAGGCUGAUCCCCAAACUGGGACUGGUGGGGGGGACAGAUCCCAUGAGUCAGUCGGUGACGGAACUGCCCCCCAAGCUGCAGAAGCUGGCCGGGGGCGUGGGAGGGGUGGGGGUCGGGGGUCGCAUGGACGGUCACCUGCCUCCCAAACUGCGGAAGAUGAACUCGGAGAGGUUCACCGGGCUGAGUCUGAAAUGA